AUGGAGCAAUCAAUGCCGUUGUGGUUAAGUAGUUUUGAAGAAGAAAUUGAUACAUACAUUUUUAUCUCAUCACGAGAUAACAAAUUAUAUUUAGGUAUCUUAAGAACAUAUGAUCAGCAUGGCAACAUAUUCUUAACUCAUUGUGUUGAAAAAAUUAUAGUUGCAGAAAAAAAUUAUUUUUCUGAUGUAUAUGUUGGAAACUUAAUAAUUAGAGGAGACAAUAUUGCAUACUUUGGUUCAGUAGAUGAAGAAAAAUACUCUAAGAUAUUUGACUAUUCUCAAAAAAACAGAAAUGAAAAUGAUUUAGAUAAUGAAGAAAUAAAUGUACCAAAUCAAAAAGAAGCUUCAAAUGAAAGUGUGACUCUUCAGUAUAAACCAGUUAAUCAUAUUUUGAAAUUUAUAACAGAAAAUAAUAAUGAUUCUAUUUUUGAAAAUUAA